CACGCGUGCGCGAUCCAAAAUGGAGGAAUCAAUUAAGAAAAUGAUGGAGCAACAACAAACAUGGAUGUCGACUCAAAUUCUGGAACAGAGACGAUUGAUGGAGGAACAAAUUCACCUACUGACGGCUCAAUUGCAUGAAUUGCGGACCAGUUCAUCCAGCAAUCAAUCGGGAGGCGGAAGUCCAUCUGCAAACUCAGAAGGUAGGAAUCCAUUCCGGUUUAACCCUAAAAUCGAGUUUCCUAUAUUUGAAGGAGCAAAUCCGAUAGAAUGGAUUAAGAAAUGUAGGAAGUAUUUCACUCUAUGUAAUGUUCCUGAGCACCAGAAAGUCGAUCUGGCGACUAUACAUCUAAAGGAAAGGCUGAGACUUGGUAGUUUGGAAGAAUACAUUGAUAAGUUUGAAGAGUUGAAGGCAUCUCUGUUGCAAAAAAGGCCUAAUAUGCCACCAGAACAUUUUUUGGACAGCUUUAUAGCCGGGCUUAGGCCUCAGGUUAAACCAUUUGUGAAAGCUUUUGCUCCAUCUUCUUUGGCUAAGGCCAUUAGCUUUGCAAGGUUGCAUGAAGAUACUCUAGAAGCAUGCAAAACUCAUGAGAAGGGCAGUAAGACUGGGCAUUACCCCGCUGUAUCAACAAGGAAUAACAUUCCCCUACUGGCUAGGCCUGAUUUUGUGCCCAAAACUGGCAUUAGCAUGACUGAUUCUGCUAAAACUCCCAACAGCAACCCGGUGGCCAACUCUUAUGGAAAGUCACACAACCAUGCUCAGAAGAAUCCAAGGUUCAUACCUGCCACUGUGAAGGAGAAAUUGGAUAAUCAAACGCUGGACAAGCAAAUACUAAAAGCACAUGGAGAGGGAGAAGAGAAAGUGAUACCUGCAAUUGUCCAGCUAUUGGAAAAAUAUGCCAAGGCCCAAAUGGCGAAAUCCAAUCCAGGAGCAGAGUUCAUCAUCUUCGACAUCCUUCCUUAGUGUCUCCUUGACUCCUUCGGCGGUUUCUCUGCCACUACCAGCCGUCCAGCCCACCGCCUCCCCCUUGCUUUGUACAGCCUGAUAUAAAACCCUGCGUUGCUCCUUCAGCUUUCGUUCUCCAUGUUUGUGACUGAAUCAGGUCAAGCUUUUAUGAGUCUAUAUGGAGUUGCUCUCAAACUUGUAUCUAAAUCAGGAUUACCUUAGGCUUUUUAGUCGUUAGUAUUCACCGAGUCUGAGUUUUUUUUGUUUUUGUUCGCUCUUUGUGUAUAAUUAUAUGUAUUACAUUACCAUACUAAUCGAUAUGGAAUCAAGAUGCUACACCUGU